AUGUUCAGGCGUCGAGCGUUGUCCACCUCUUGCUCCCUCCGCGCAGCCCACACCACCGCAACUCGCGAUCUGCACUUCCCUACGAACCCUCACCCAACCCCUUUCGAGAUCUUUCACCUCUCCCCCGACGACGAGUUGACCAGUUCGAGCGUCAAAGCGAGGUAUUACGAGUUGUGCAAAUUGUAUCAUCCUGAUCUACAACAAGCCGCUUCGUCGUCCUCGAGUACGCAGGGGAAGGGAAAGGGGAAGGCGACGACUAUCGAUCAUCCACGAGCUUCGGACCCCUCUUCCGAAUUCAAACAAAUCGUCGCCGCCUACGAAUUGCUACGUAACCCUGCUCGCAGAACGGCUUACCUAACCUACGGCGACGGAUGGGUUCGACCCCCUUCGACCGGUUCGCGCGGUUUUCGUAACCCGAACGGUGACGCGAUGGGUUAUCCCGUUCAUUUUCGUCGUGGAAGACCGAUGGCCAGUUCGGCUCGACGACCGACUUAUUCAAGUUCGGCUUAUGAUUGGCAUACGUCCGGUGCUUCCGCAUCGGGUUGGACCGAUCCUUAUGAUUCAUUUUGGUCCACUCAUCCGACGAUGGGAAGAACGCCGAACGGAAGCGAACGUUCAGGACCGGGAACGGCGGAUCCUUCUACCUCGGGUUGGAAACAUCAAGGGCAGGUCGGACGUAACGGAACGAUCUUUCUCGCUUUAGCGACUUUGACCCUGUUCGCUACUCCGUUGGCCGUAUGGUCCUCCUCACCUACUCUGACGACCUCGACCGAAUCGGGUUGGAUGCCCGUCGCGCGGGAUCGUAGACAUCGCGAUGCGAGUUUGGCAUUGGAGACGGCGAGGAGGGAGGCGAGGAAGGAUAGUGAGGCCAAGAGGGAAGCGAUCAGGUCAGUCCUUCUCUACGAUGUCGUCACUGUACGGUGGCUGAGCUCAUCAUUAUUUCGUGGUGUCGGAAUUGGCAGACGUCGAGUUCAACAGAUUGAACAUGCGCGAGCGAUCGAACGAGCGGAUCAAGUUGAGCGCAUCGCGAGGGGACCAAUCUCGACGGGUCAUGAUCAAUUGUCUACACCACGUAGAGCACCGACAGGAGGGGUCUUGGCCCUUCCACCACCUUCCAACUCCCCAUCAAAUACUUCCCACUCGACCUCUGGGUUAUCCUGA